AUGCCUCCAUUUCCAGGCGAGGAGACUCUAGCCACUGUUUAUGUCGACCUCCACUCCUACUUCACGGCGCCCUCGCCGCGGCCGGCUCUCCAUCGCUUCGAUAAAGCCUGCUACUUCUACCUCUACUACAACUCCACGAGACAGACGAGUCGCAUCGAGGCCGCGAUCAAUCCUGGCACAGCGGAACAGACAGCCUUCCAUGGCUUUCUUGACGGUGCCAAGGUGAUCAACUCUCACCGAUUUCCGACACGAGUGACAUUCGUCGUCGACGCACUCGAUGCGCCGGCCGCUUCCCCGUCGUCGCCCCGUUCAGGGAGAGAUCCAGACGAAUGGCGUCUCGCCAGUUCGGAUCCUCGAGAUCCCGGCACGUCCAAAUACCGAAUCCACACGAUCGACGCCUAUUUCUGGAAUCAGGACGAUUCCAAGUUGGUCUUGGACAUUUUCAAGAGGUUACUAUUACCCCGCCAGUUGGACAUUGAUGAUGAUGUGCACGAGGAACCGGAUCACCAUGACAUGGUCAGCCCGGUGGUUCAAAACCUGGAACAUGUGGCCAUUUCAGAUCCAGCAUACAAGGAGCUGCACCAUGAUUCUCCAGCGGCCCAGCAUAGCCAUCCUGUCCAGCUGCCCACUGUUCCCCCGCCUCCAGCUGUCUCUCGCGCUUCCCCAGGCGGUCCGGCGACAUCAACCUCGCCAAACUCAGUCACUGCCAGCAUGGGUGGAAGAUCGUCCGUGAAAGACUCGAAACCGGCCACAGACUACACUCCCCUCGCGUACAACCCGGCGGCGCCAGCGGCACCAGAACCGAUCGCCCACAGAGAGGACACCCCUCCUCCGAUCGACGCCGUUGACGGGACGGGGCUUGCUGCGGCAGCAAGACAUGACAUCCCCUACGCCCCUCAGCAGCGCCCUCAACCAUUUGCCGGCGCUCGCACGGCUCAGCCUGGCGCGUACGGACCCUACGGCGCCGCACCGCAACCAUCAUUUGCACCACAUGCCACGGUCUCGCCUGUGCCAUCGUUUGGACCUCAAGCAGCGGCGACGGUGCCACCGUCAUUUGGGCCGCACGCGGCUUCACCUCCAAUCCAGACCUCUCCACGGACAUCAGUAGCAACCAGUUUUGGGCCGCCGCCCACCAGUACGACCGGUUCCGACACUAGUCGUCACCCUUCGGUAGCUGCUCAGUCGUAUGUGCCUCAGGGGCAAGAUCCAAAUGCGCAUAUUUUUGGCCAACAAAAUGUGCAAACACCAGGCACGCAGUUCUACCAGUCGAUCAACGGCCAACCCCAUAAACCGCUGCAGCAUGUACAGCCUCAGUACCCAGACUACCUCGCCGCUGGCCAAGCUCCACCUCCACCCCCCGCCCCCGGUCCAGCUCCGCCUCUUGGAGGGUACUCGACCUACAACUAUGCACAGGCACAGCAAGCACAGCCUGCUGCCGGCGCCUAUGACAUCCACUCUCAAGUCUAUCGGCCGACCGAGGCGGAGCACCAUUCACACCACCACAAACCGUCAAAGAGCUCAGGCUCCCAGCAUAAGCCGUCACACACAGAGAAGAUUGAGAAGGGGGUGGGCAAGUGGAUAAAGAAGAUUGAGAAGAAUUUUGGGUGA